CUGGUGUUCCAGCAUCAGUUGUCCUGUGAGGCGAACAAAAGAUCUCGCGAGAUCUCGCGGUUCGAAACUCCCGCGCAGAGAGAACGAAUCGAAAGAUCAGUUGAUUCCACAUUUCCUGGUUGCUAAUAUCGCCACCCGUAUAUUACCAUGUCUCCCUCCCGUGUCAGCGGCGAUUUCAACGAAAGCGCAUCGGCGACGCAGCAAUCCUGCACCACCACCAAGCAGCCCGCCCCACGCCACUUCGGCAGGCUGGACAACACGUCCAUGAUCGAAUCCAAGUUCCUGUCGCAGCCCCAGGACCUGGGGAUCGUCGCGGUCGGUUUCUCGGGCGGGCAGCCCAAGCCGGGAGUCGACGCGGCGCCCGCUGCGCUGAUCGAGUCGGGCCUGCUGACACAGCUGCGCGACGACCUCGGCUACAGGCUGCACGGCCAUGACGCCGUGCAUUCGUUCUCCGACGUCGUGCCGGCGCAGGACCCGCCCCACCGCGGCAUGAAGAACCCCCGCGCCGUGUCGGCUGUCACGAGGCGCAUCGCCGAACAGGUCUACAGGCACGCCAAGGAAGGCAGGCUGGUGUUGACCCUGGGCGGGGACCACAGCAUCGCCAUCGGCACCAUCGCGGGGACCGCCAAGGCCACCAGGGAGAGGAUCGGGAGGGACAUUGCGGUCAUUUGGGUCGAUGCGCACGCCGACAUCAACACCCCGGAGACGAGCGGCAGCGGCAACGUGCACGGAAUGCCCGUCAGCUUCCUGACCGGCCUCGCGCGCGAUGAUAAGGAGGAGUUCUUUGGCUGGUUGACGGACGAGCACCGGGUGAGCGUCAAGAAGCUGGUGUACAUUGGGUUGCGGGAUGUGGACGCCGGGGAGAAGCGUAUCCUGCGGGAGAAUGGCAUCAAGGCGUUCAGCAUGUUUGACAUCGACAAGCACGGCAUCGGUCGCGUCAUGGAGAUGGCGCUCGCGCACAUCGGCAACGACACUCCGAUCCACCUCUCGUUCGAUGUCGACGCCCUCGACCCCAUGUGGGCGCCGUCGACCGGCACGCCGGUGCGUGGGGGUCUAACCCUGCGCGAGGGCGACUUCAUCUGCGAGUCGGUGCACCAGACCGGCAGCCUGGUGGCGGUGGACCUCGUCGAGGUCAACCCCCGCCUGGCGGCAGAUACCGACCUGGGCGCCCACGAGACCGUCCGAGCCGGCUGCUCCCUCGUCCGCUGCGCUCUCGGCGAGAGCCUGCUGUGAGGCGGGGAACGGGGUGUGAUGACGAAGACGUAGCGGAUUGCGGCGCAGGGUUUUGGUUGGUCUGCGGUUAGAUCUCAAUUGUCGGGCACAGAUCUUCUUGUGGCGCUCAAGGGCGGUUCAAUCGCAAAUUCUACAUAGGGCUCGGAUCUCGGGACACGACAGAACUUUCUUUCCUUGGCACCACCUUUCGGCGCUGUUUUCACGGCUCGCUAGUCAUUUAUAUGUACAUACAGACAUAUUGCUUCAUCUCUAUAUCUCUAUGACUGUAGACAGGCGUCUGGUUAGACACAGAAUUUAAAGACGUAGGAAAUGACCCAUCCUGAUCUCCUUACGUGAUAUACUUCGGUAGGC